AAGAAUCAGGCGGUGAAAAAUUUAAAAGCAGCUCGAUACGGAAGUGAGGGGGAAUUGUCCUAAUGAAAGGCGAAUUGGCUUUUGGCACGAUUGAGUCGCGGAGUCGAUAAAAUUAAAAAGCUGGGCCGCCAGCUCGGCAUCUGCGCAAUGCGUAGAGGCGGCCUUCUUGCUGAUUGCGGGUCAAAGAGUCAGUGAGUGACGAGGCGGGCACCAUGCUCAGGGUGCACCGACUCAGCGCAAAGCUCCACUAACAACAACCACUCAACGUGUUGCUUCGAUCUCUGCCAUCGGGAAAAUGUCGCUCGUUGUCAGGCUCAAGGACUUCUUCCUGCCAAAAUGCAAGGGCGACAAACUAGCCAAAAUCGAGUUUAGAGGAGUUGCACACACCUCUCGAUUUAUGACCGACUCUGGCGAACACCUAACUCUGGACCAGCUCUUCGAGUGGCCCAUCGGUCGACCCAUCGAGCCUGAGGAAACAGUUAGCGUGGCUCUUGUGCUGCACAGCAGACUGUUGCCCGACCGCUCCAUCGGCCAUUACAUUCUUCCUCUGCAAAAAGUCGUCAAAGAGGGCAAGCUCUCAUUAAGGGACUCUCUGCUUGAUAACAACGCCAAAACCUUGCCGGCCACACUAUCUUUGGAGGUUCGCUACACAGUCCCAGGUGCAGAUGAGAGUCUGGACGGCUGGUCUCCAGACGAGGGCAUGGACGAAGAACGACUGCUCGUGGAUAUUCAGCAAAACAUCGCCAAUUUGGAAAAAUCGCUUACCAGUAACGAAAGAAGAGCCUCUUGGAGCCACGAGCAAGCUUCCACGAGCAGAAUGAUCGACAAGAGUCCGGCGCCAGGCAGGAAAAGAAGUUCCGCGUUGCGAAGUAUGCGGAGCUUGAUCCGACUGGGAAAGCAGCGUCCCCCGCGGGACGCAUCUUCUGAGGACGAAGAGCGCGCAUUGCUACAGGGCCGCAGUGCGGUGGACGGACUGGUAACCCCUGUUGGCGAGCAAGCGUCUUCCAGGGCCGGCAGCGAGUCUUCCCUUGAGUCAGACAACGAUAGCUUGCUCGAUUUGAAUUCCGUAGACGUCACGAAGAAAAGAUUGCGUGUUUCACAUUACCAGCGAACGCCACCCAACUUGCUCAAGUCACAAGACUUCCAGCUAUGCAUCACCAUCAUUGAGGCUCGUCAGUUGGCUGGUUUGAAUAUGGACCCUGUGGUAUGCGUGCAGGCUGGCGACCAGAAGAAGUACACGAGCGUUAAGGAGAGCACCAACUGCCCUUACUACAACGAGUACUUUGUGUUCGACUUCCACAUGCCACCAAUGAUGCUGUUCGACAAAAUCAUCACUCUGUCGGUUCUCCAAUCAAGGAGUAUUCUCAGGCAUAACAAAAUGUUGGGCAGCUUUAAACUUGAUGUUGCUACAGUUUGGUCGCAACCAGACCACCAGUUCUACCACAAGUGGGCCCUUCUGAGCGACCCCGAUGACUUCGCAGGCGGGCCCAAGGGAUACCUGAAAUGCGAUAUCAGCGUCAUUGGAAAAGGAGACUCGGUCAAAGUACCACCCAAGAGCGAGAAAGACGAGGAUGACAUUGAGGCCAACCUUCUGCUGCCAGAGGGAGUGCCAGUGGAACGACAACGAGCGCGUUUUAUUGUGCGAAUCUACAGAGCGGACGGCUUGCCCAAAAUGAACUCCUCCAUCAUGGCCAAUGUGAAAAGGGCUUUCACUGGCGAGGUGAAGGAUUUGGUUGACCCGUACGUGCAGGUUUCCUUCGCCGGCCUCACGGGGAAAACGAGUGUGAAAAAGAAUUGCUAUGCGCCGGUGUGGAACGAGCAGAUCGUGUUUUCGGAAAUGUUUCCACCACUGUGCCAACGAUUAAAAAUUCAGCUCAGGGACAACGAUCAGGUCAACAAUACAAUAAUUGGCACUCACUUCAUCGACCUCAAGACAAUUUCAAAUGAUGGGGAAAAGGGAUUUCUGCCCACUUUUGGUCCAGCUUUUAUUCACCUUUACGGCUCGACUCGGGACUACAGCCUCCUGGACGAGCACGCCAAUCUGAACUCGGGCCUUGGCGAGGGUGUAUCAUACCGGGCGAGGCUUUUGGUUGCCAUUCGGACAGAAAUCACCGACAACAUCGACAUAGCCCCGUCAGGAGUCGAGGUGGAACCGUCUUAUCCAAUUACAGAGUCCAAUUACGGCAAGAACGAGGAGUAUUUCUUGUUCGCUUCGAUCAUGGACGCGACGAUGAUUGAAAAGAAGCUCGGCGACAAGCCUCUCUUCUUUGAGCUGAGCAUGGGCAACGCGGGCAAUUCGCUUGAUGGCCACAAUUCGUCUUCGCAGGAAAUUGACGAGGAAGAAGGAGAUGAUUAUCUUGAUAAUGUGUCAGCCGACAGCGCGUGCUGGCAGAGCACGACGCCACCUGUCAAACCGAUGACCCACGACAGAUUGUAUUAUUUUCUGCCCUACUGGGACGACAAGCCGUGCAUGUACGUACGAUCUGUGUGGCCUGACUACAGACGCAGGAUGUACAACUCGAACAUCAUCAUGAGGAUAGUUGAAAAACUUGAGGAGGGACUUUUGGAGAGCAACUUGCAAAUUGAAGCAGACAGCCCUAACAUGGAAAAAACGCUGAAGCAGACGCUGGAAGACUUAGCGUUUGGUUGCGGCAAAUAUUUGUCCAUCUCCAGAUGUUACCUGCAAGGCACUGCGGCUGGAAAGACUAAGCUCGACCGAGAGCGCAUGAAACUCUGCGUUAGAGAAAUCGAGCAUAUGGCUUCCCUGGCGCGAAAUCUCAAAGCUCUUGUCACAAAGAACACAAUUAAAGAGCGCUAUAAGACUACUCAAUCGUAUCUCCAAAGACUACGUUACUUAACUGAAGAUCCCCAACACGCACUGCCUGACAUCUUUCUAUGGCUCGUCAGUGGUGGGAAGCGGGUGGCUUACCAGAGACUUCAGGCCAAGGACUUGAUUUUCUCUGUGGUGGGUGAGGAGAGCGGCAAAGACUGUGGGAAAGUUCAGACCCUUUUGCUCAAGCUUCCAGGCAAGAAAGGGAUCGGAGCGAGUGGCUGGGUGAUUCAGGCUAAAUUGAGGAUUUAUUUUUGGCUUGGCUUGACCAAACACAAGAAAAACUUUGUAACGGGCCUUCCUGCUGGCUACGAGGUGGCGCAAGAAAUUAGAAAUGCCGAGCGACCGCGUGCCCUGCCUCCAUCUGUGAUACAUUUUACUGACAAACACUAUUUCCAACUGCGGGCACACAUGUAUCAAGCGAGAUCCCUAAUCGGGUCUGACGCCUCUGGAUUGUCCGAUCCGUACGCGCAAGUCGUGGCCGGCGAAUGGUGCAAAACGACUCAGGUGGUGGACGAGACACUGAGCCCCACCUGGGACGAGCUGCUCGUUUUUCCCGAGCUGAUGGUGUGCGGCUUAGGCGAGGAAAUCAAGAAAGAGCCACCGAACAUCGUCAUCGAGAUCUUUGAUCAGGACAAAGUUGGAAAAUCUGAGUUUAUAGGCCGGGCAAUGGCCAAACCACACGUCAAGCUGCUGAGUGAGCCGUACGAGCCGCCCAGAUUUCCACCGAAACUCGAGUGGUUUGAAAUCCACAGGGGCCCUGACUACGCCGGAGAGUUGCUCGCCAUGUUUGAAAUGCUUGAGGUACGGCGACCAGAUUAUAGACCGCGAAAAAAAGGUCGACAAAACGAGGUUGAUCCUGGCCAAUUGGAGUUCGAGUUGCCAGCCCUUCCCUCACCCAAAGACUGUCUUAUUCCAAUGACGCAGGACGUGGGACCUAUUUUGCCCGUGCCACCAGAAAUUAGGCCAACGUUAUCAAAAUACAGAAUUGAGGUUCUAUUUUGGGGCUUGCGUGAUGUGAAACGGGUCCACCUGUUGACCGUAGACAAGCCUCGAGUCGACAUCGAAUGCGCUGGCCAUAUAUUACACUCCUCUGUGAUUACAAAUGCCAAACGGAAUCCAAACUUCAGCACGCCUGUCAAAUUCAUCGAUUUGGAACUUCCAGAGCAAGAGUUGUACUGCCCACCGUUGACAAUCAGGGUGGUCGACUGUCGCAGUUUUGGAAGAUACACUCUGGUGGGCACCCAUAUGAUCAACUCCAUCCACCGCUAUCUUUUCAAUCCAGUAACCAAAAAACAAAGAGAAGCAGAAGAGAGAAAAAAAUCUGCCCAGUUGUUAAAUACUGCGGAUCAACUGGCAAACUCAAUUUCCACAAGUAACUACAUCAUUCUGGACACUGACGACACCAAUAUACAGCUAUCAAAGUUAGCGCACACGGGACCAGGAACACUACAAAGUAAGAGAGAAAAGACUGAGUCAAACCGGAAACGAAAAAUGAGUAUGGGCCACGCCUCGGACGAUGAUGAGGACAGCAAAGAUUGGUGGACAAAAUACUUUGCCUCGGUUGAAGCAAUGAUUGAGGAAACGAAAGAGGCUAAAAAGGAAGAGCAGGAAAGGGAAAAUCAGCAGAAUGGUGCUGCGUGUGGUCAAAUGGCGGAGGCCUCAAGUAGCCAUGGACAUCACGAAGAAAAGAAAAAAAUUAAACUCGGCUUCAAGUCAGCUGGUAAUGCUGCAAAAAUGGCAAAUAAGUGGAGUCCAAAGGCAAUGAAGAACGCAAAACCAAAAACUGCCCUUUUGAAGAUAUUUCCGAGUGAAUUAGAAUCUCAGCCAGAGUUCAAUACCUUCAAAGAAUGGCUACAGACGUUUGACCUCCUCCGAGGUAAGAAAACUGGUGAAGAAACUGAAGACGAUAGUCGUGUCGUAGGAAAAUUCAAGGGCAACAUUAAAGUUUAUCAGUGGCCGUUGCCCAAAGAUAUUGACGACCACACCAUCAUGGGGUUUGAUCCUCAAUACGGGUUUUUCCAAGGUUUGCCCUCAAGUGAUCCGAUACACGUGCUGGUUCGCGUGUACGUUGUUAAGGGUACAGACCUGCACCCCAUGGACCUCAACGGCAAGGCCGACCCCUACGUUGUGCUUCAGCUUGGAAGCAAGAGGAUCAGUGACAAAGAGCAUUACAUCUCCAAGCAGCUAAACCCUGUUUUUGGCAGGUGCUUUGAGUUUGAGGCUACAUUUCCUCAAGACUCUCUACUAACAGUCCAAGUGUGGGACUGGGACCUCGUUGGCUCCGACGACUUGAUUGGCGAAACAAGAAUCGACUUGGAGAAUCGUUUCUACACGCGCCAUAGAGCGACCUGCGGUUUGCCUAACAAAUACGAGGAGUACGGUUACAAUGCGUGGCGCGACCCGAUGAAACCGACGCAGAUCUUGGCGAAAUUGUGCAAGGAAGGAAAAUUGGAAGCACCCUCGUACUUCAAUGGCAAAGUAAAAGUGGGUAGCAAAACUUUUGGCCUUAACAACGACGACCCGGCACUCAUGAGGGGAGGAAAAUUGCUCGAGGAAUAUCUGGCGCUGGCAGUCCUCAAGCGCUGGGAGGAAUUUCCGCGAAUUGGCUGCAAACUCGUGCAAGAGCACGUGGAAACCAGACCACUUUACAAUCCAGACAAACCUGGAAUUGAACAGGGAAAAUUAGAAAUGUGGGUUGACAUGUUCCCUAUGGACAUGCCUCUACCUGGACCACCCCUUGAUAUUGCUCCACGGAAGCCAAAAUCUUACGAGCUACGAAUCGUUAUCUGGAAUACAGACGAGGUCGUGUUGGAGGAUGACGCAUUUUUCACGGGUGAAAAAAUGUCUGAUAUAUACGUGAAGGGGUGGCUGAAAGGUCCAGAGGACUGUCAAUACACAGACAUUCACUACAGGUCCUUAACUGGUGAAGGAAACUUUAACUGGCGCUUCAUUUUCCCAUUUGACUAUCUGGUGGCUGAGGAAAAAAUAGUAAUUUCCAGGAAAGAGUCCUUAUUUUCGUGGGAUGAGACGGAAAGUAAAAUCCCUGCCCGAUUAGAGUUGCAAGUGUGGGACGCUGACCACUUCUCGGCUGAUGACUUCUUAGGUGCAAUAACCCUUGAUUUAAAUCGCUUUCCGAGAGGUGCUAAAAGUUCAAAGCUAUGCACCUUGGACAUGCUGAAGGUUGAUGGAUCUGUCCCAAUGGUGAACAUUUUCAAGCAAAAACGAGUAAAGGGGUGGUGGCCAUUCUACAUCAAGAAGGAAAAUGAAGAAAUGGAGCUCACGGGAAAAGUUGAAGCUGAAAUCCAUUUACUAACUCACGAAGAAGCCGAAAAGAACCCUGCUGGAAUGGGAAGGAACGAGCCUGACCCUCUUGACAAACCUAACCGUCCUGAUGCAUCUUUCAUGUGGUUUUUAAACCCUUUCAAAUCAAUCCGCUAUAUCGUCUGGCACAACUACAAAUGGACCAUCAUCAAAGGCCUCAUCUUUACCGCUCUCGCAAUCAUGCUCCUUUUAUUCUUUUACUCAGUUCCGGGCUACACUGUCAAAAGGAUACUUGGCGCGUAAAAGAAACAGGAAUAUUCCCAACUCCCUUUGUACGUGUCAAUUACCAUGAAUUUAUAGCCCAGCGUCACAAUAAACUGAUCCGCUCUAGAGGUAAAGACAUUAAACUAUAAUAUUCUUCUUCAACCAACUCACCUCUCAACAUACACCAACAAUAAUUCUAUAAAUCUCACUCUCAAGUAUCACAGUCUUUCCAUUUUGCUGUAAAAUAGGCUUUUGCGACUGUAAAUACCAUGUGUAAUGUUGUAGACUCGGCACUAGAUUAAUUAUUUUGGAUAAAUAUUCAAUGCAUAUCAAUUUUGUGGCCUACCUCUAUAUAAUACAUACAAUUAAUAUUUUGCCAAAUUCAAUAAACACCCAAAUGAGUAUCAAGUUGAAAGAAAUCAAAAACUUUUUUUAAUAUAUUUAGUAAAUUAUGUUUAGUUUCAUGCUAAUGGGACUGGCACAAUGCAAGUUUUAAUAUUAUAUUAAAUGAACAUGGAUAUAUUGUUAACUGUUGUUAAAUUUUAUCAAGAAUACCUUCUUCUCAUCACUCGCAAGAUCAUAUAUUGAUGUAUAUUACGAUUGUAGAGCCUAGGACGAGAAAUUAAAGUUUCUGCAGUGAAAUGUAUUCUCAAUUAAUGAAAUAAAAUUCAAGGUGUUAUUGAUUUGAA